AUGCUCGGGCAAUCUUGCAGCUGCUCUGAAUUGCGAGAGAAGGCGGCGCGGUGUUGCGCGGGGGUCCCCCGGCGGCAGAGCUACCUGCGCGUCUCCGUGGGCGUUCCCUGCGGCUGCUCCCCCGGGAUCCCCUACGUGCUGGAGAUCUGGCCGGCCGGCCACUUCAGCCCCGUGCACAACCACGGCAACGCAUUCGGCAUCGUCCGAAUCCUCCACGGCUCCAUCACCGCGCGCACGUACAACAAGCACCUGGCGUGCGAGGGGCCGCUGCAGGAGGCGGUGCUGACUAAGGGUGACGUCACCUGGUUCUCACCCAACUGGUACCAGACGCAUCAGCUGGAGAAUCACACGGGCGACUUCUGCUGCACGGUGCAGGGAUUCCAGUACGCGGACGACGAUGACCUGCACUGGCCCUACAUGCAGUUCAAGGGUCCGUCUGGGCGCCUGUUGGAUUUCCUGCCGCUGUCGGACUUCACCUUUGGCGAGAUGCGCGAGGCUCUGCUGGCAGAGUACGCAGCCGCCACCGCACUUCCACCCGCGCCCACCGCCUGCUUCAUGGGCGCGCUUCAGGCGGCAAACGGCAUCGCGCCGGAGCAGCCGGGGCCGGAGCACAUCACCGGCAUUGAUACGCCCGCACCCCGGUGCCAGCAGCGCACUGGCCGAGUCAUCGACAUUGCCGCAGCCGCCGGGGGCGUCCCUGCCUGCAGGCGGACGCUGCACAGGCUGAUGAGCCCCGACACACCGCUGGAGGCCAGCGCAGCGUUGGCAGCGCUGAUCGUGUCAGCAAAUGACCUGGCGGAUGAGUCGCCUCUGCCACAGCGCAGCGUCAUCACCCUCCUGUAA